AUGGCGAAUGCGCAACUCAUGGAAGAGGAGCUCCAACAAAGUGUCGUUCUUUCCGAGGAAGACGCCGAGUUCGAAGAAGACGUCGCAGAUGACGUUGCCAUGGUCGAUACUGGCUCCUCCAUACCUUCCGGCGGGACUACAGAAUCAGUCUUCCACGAAGAGCAGGCAUCUGACGCCCGCCAAGGAAGCCAUGACGAGGAAGACGACGAGGUCGGCCCAAUAGCCCCAGAUCAGGUCGCGUCUCAAGAUGGUCAGCGUGGCGAUCUGGAGGGCGUACCAGCCGAUGAUGAGGACGACGACCAGGAAGACCAUCUGGAAGACGACGAGUCUUCCAGCCAAGAGGGAAGCGUUCAUGAUGACGAUGAAGUUUCCGACGUCGAUGCCGAAGGAGAGGACGAUGAUGAAGAGGAUGUCGUAAUCCAACCACCGGGUCAGGUCGACCCGAAUGGGCUCUUGAUUGCCGAGGAUGACGAGGAGGCCGAAGAGAACGUCGCAGAUGGAGAAGAAGAGGACGACGACGAAGGUGUUGGUGCCGUCAAGAUAAAACCCGGCGAGACAGACGACGAAGAGAGCGAGAGCGAGGCAGACGUCAGCUCCGCCUCAGGCGCAACUUCCGGAUCGGACUCUGACGAUAGAGGCUCGGCGGUCGAAUGGGAAUCUGGAGCAGAAAACGACGACGACGAUGAAAGAGACGAGGACUCCGAAGCGCCCGAUCCUAAUGCCUGCAUCUUCUGUAAGAAAGUUGAGGAAACCCAUCCGGCGGAGGCAUCUGAGGCCUACCUCGCAUGUAAAGGCUGUGGUGAACACGCACACCAACAAUGCGCUCGUGAUGCUAACGCCCUUGACGACCAAAACGGUGCAUCGAAUUGGAAAUGCCCGGAUUGCGUUGAUUACGAAGAGGAGGAUGCGGAAGCCGAUUCAGAGACGGAGCUGACCGAUCAGAAAAUGGAUGGCGAAAGCAACGUGGAUGUGGAGGUGGACGCGGAGAUGGACAUGAAUAGCGAUGCUGAGGAUGGUGAUCUAUCUCCCACGUCGAUUGCCACGCGCGCCUCGGCCCCUAAACUUGCCCGCGACUUGCUCCCUGCGCAACGUGGCGCCAACAAACCCGACUCCCAUUCGGUCUUCAACCAAUUAGUACUUAAUGAGGACCCUAUGGAUGGCUCGCGAGUACUGAGGAAAAGGAAGACGUCCUCCGCCGAGCCCGAGGAGCUCAUGCAGUUGCGGAAACGGACUAGAAACACGUCUCUGGGGUCUGUCAAGGCUGAUGCGGCCCAAGAACAGGUGAAUGGUGCAGCAGAGCCGCCCUCGGUCCGGCCACGGUCGUCGCGCUCGCUUCGACUCAAAUUGUCCAGUCCGGUGCCUCAGUGCAGCGUCGUCAAGAAGUCGCGUACUAGCCACUUGAUGAAGAUGCGAGUGGAUGCCGCCGCACUGCAACGAAUUCUCUCCAAGAAGCCCAAGUCCUCGAGGAAUCGCGCCGGCCGGGCAGUUGCAUCUCGGCCCUCCCGCCCUGCAGCUGGACGAGGUGGUACAUAUACUGCUGCCGCCGCCACCGCUGUUGCGGAACCGCCUGCAACGGUCCCAUUCUUCGCUUCUAGUUACUCCCAGCCGUUUUACUCUUUCUAUGACAAAGAGACGGAUGAGCUGAAGGGCAAACCUUAUGGCGGCAUAUUGACUGAGGAACAGGCGGAUACAACGAAGACACUGCCUACAAAGGAAGAUCGGCGGCGGUUCGAUGAGGCUAAGCAAAAGGCUGAAGAGGAAUGGAGAAACCGGCUGCUGGCCGUGCAGGCCGAAGCCGAUGUCCCCUUGAAGAAGUCAAAGAAGACUUCCGGACCGGCAAGCCAGAUCGAAUGCAUCGAAUUCGGCGGCUGGGAGAUCGACACGUGGUACGCAGCUCCAUAUCCCGAGGAAUACAGCCGCAACCGUGUUCUAUUCAUCUGCGAGUUCUGCUUGAAGUACAUGAAUUCUGAUUAUGUCGCCUGGCGGCAUAAGCUCAAAUGCCCCGCCAAACACCCGCCCGGCGACGAGAUAUACCGACAUGGGUCAAUUGCGUUCUUCGAAGUGGACGGCCGAAAGAACCCGGUAUACUGUCAGAACUUGUGUCUGUUGGCUAAGCUCUUCCUCGGGUCCAAAACACUCUACUAUGAUGUCGAACCUUUCCUAUUCUACGUACUCUGCGAGUAUGAUGACCUCGGUUACCAUUUCGUCGGAUACUUUUCCAAGGAGAAGCGAGCGAGCAGUCAGAAUAAUGUCAGUUGUAUUCUGACCUUGCCCAUCCAUCAGCGCAAGGGCUACGGCCAUCUCCUGAUCGAUUUCUCGUACCUGCUCACCCGAGUCGAGCAGAAGACUGGGUCGCCUGAGAAGCCGCUCUCUGAUAUGGGCCUCGUGUCAUAUCGCAACUAUUGGAGACUGGUGCUCUGCAAGUACUUGAUAAAUCGCGUUCCCGAGGACAAGUUACGGAAGAAAGGUACUAGCCUCAGGCAGAUAUCUGACGACCUAGGUAUGACGCCAGACGAUGUCAUUGCGGCUCUCGAAGCACUUCGCUUCCUUGUGCGGGAUCCUGUCACUCAGGUUUACGCAUUCAGGGUCGAUCUCCUAUAUUGCCACAGAGAGGUAGCAAAGUGGGAGGGAAAGAAAUACGUCAAGCUCAGCCCUCAGGUCCUGACAUGGACACCAUAUGUGAUGGGCCGAAGUAAUGCGACCAACUUCGAGCUGGGGCCUGCUCUUAACGCGAUCGCUCCACGGGAGGAGGAUGAAGACACUAAGACUGUCCAUGUCCUUGCUGAUAGUGGCAUUACAAAUGGCAAUUUUGCAGCUGCCAAAGAGAUGGUCCAAAACGCAGCCUUGCAAAUCACCCCAGCGGUUCUCGAGUCGACUGAGCCUAAUGACAAUGCUGCCGCCGAUGACAAGCAGUCACCAAAGGUGAAUGGGGUUGACAAGGAGAAUGCGGAGGUGCACCCACCCACCCAGGAUGAUGCAAUGGCGCCGGCAGAGGGUGUUGACGAUGCCCCCGAGGAGGCGGACAACUGGAUCCAACAGUAUGACAACAUACCAGUCAGCAGAUUCCAAGUCUUCCCGCCAAUCAAUGCCCGACGUCCUGGGGUGUCUCGAAUAAGUUCCAGCAUUGCAAGGCCGGCUGCUCUUCCGCGUACUCUAUCAUCGACGGUUCGAACACCAGCAAGACCCAAGGCGCGACCUCAAGCCCGACGAUCUACUGGUGGAGCCAGCUCACGAAAGGCGGCUCCGAAGAAGAACAGCACAGUCAAGCGCAAAUCUGGAGGCACCGGGCGAGGUCCUGGACGAUGGCCAAAGGGCACCAAGAAGUCCGACUACGGCAACGCUGACAGUGGCCCAGGCCUACCGCCAGGCUGGGAGGAAGAGCGUAAGGCAGUGCUUAAGCGUUCGGGAAUGUCCGAAAAUGACAUCAAGGAGACUGUUCAAGUUGAGACUGUUAAAGCACAGGUCGAUGCAGCUAACAGAAAAAGGGGUAAACAGAUCGAGACUGUCUUUCCUGGAUUCGAAGUCAGGGGCGAUCUGAUAGGCGAGGGGAGUGCGCAGGCGAGCAGCGCCAGCGGAAGCAAUUCUAAAACAGCCGGCGAAGAUGAGGAUGCCGAAGGUGACCCCGACGUGGCCAUGGGCGAGGAUGGAAAUGCCGCUGCUGAGGGCGUUGAGGAGUGA